GGCCAUGUCCCGCCGGGGGCCCGCGCAGGUGUCGGGCAGCCCCCGGCAGAAGGCUGUGCCGGGCACGGCCCCGUCGGAGCUGCAGGAGCUGCGGAGCCGCACGGAGCGCGCGGAGCGGCGGCUCCUGGCCUGCGAGAACCUGGUCGGGGAGCUGGGCAGCGGCCUGGCCGCCCUGGGCACCCUCCUGCAGGGCUACGAGCAGCUGCAGCAGCGCCUGCUCAACCUGGAGAACCUCCUCAAGAACAGAAACUUCUGGAUCCUGCGCCUGCCCCCCGCCUCGGGAGGGGAGAUCCCCAAGGUGCCGCUGACCUUCGAUGAUAUCUCGGUGUAUUUCAACGAGCUGGAGUGGGAGAGGCUGGAGCGCUGGCAGAAGGAUCUGUACAGGGCCGUGAUGAGGGGCAACUACGAGACCUUGGUGUCCCUGGACUACGCCGUGUCCAAGCCCGAUAUCCUGUCCCAGAUGGAGAGGGAUGAAGAGCUCAGUGACAAAGAGGGUCAGGAGCCACCAUGGACAUGGACUGGGGACGUUCAGGAGCCCCCAGGGGCAGCAGAGACAGAUGAGGCUCCAGGAGAUGAAAUCCCCAUGGAAGCUGCCCCAGGUGGGUGCCAGGAGCAGGUGGCAGUUCCUGGAGACCUCCCCUUCGUUAGGAAGGAAGUGCUCACUCCAUGGAUUAAAGCACCCCGGAGCACCGUGAAUCUUCAUUCCAAGAGGAACGGUUGUGCUUGGCUGGAUGAAUCCCAUGGACAAAAGCAGUCAAAGCCUGCAGGAGGCUGUGGAGCAGUGGGAAAGGCCUCCUGUAAGACUGGGGCUUCCAGAGACAUUCCUGCCUGCUGUGGAGGAGCAGACGGUGCCAAGUCCAAGCCCAAUGGCAUCGAGAAGGAUAAAGAGCCCAGCAGCAAAAAGGGUCUGGAGCCCUCAUGGAUGCAGAAUGGGAACAGCCAGAAAACCCUACAGAUACAGGCUGGGGACAGCCAGGAAAUCCCAGAGAUUUGGAACAGCCCAAAGUCCUCAUGGACACGGAGUGGGAACAGCCACAAAACCCCACAGAUACAGAAUGGGGACAGCCAGGAAAUCCCAGAGACACAGAUUGGGAACAGCCCCAAAUCCCCACGGACACGGAGUGGGAACAGCCCAAAGUCCCCACAGACACAGACUGGGGACAACCAGAACUCCCCACAAACACAGAUUGGGGACAGCCCAAAGUCCUCAUGGACACGGAGUGGGAACAGCCAGAAAACCCCACAGAUACAGACUGGGGACAGCCAGAAAACCUCCUGGACACGGAGUGGGAACAGCCAGAAAACCCCACAGACAGAGACUGGGGACAGCCAGAACUCCCCACAGACACAGACUGGGGACAGCCCAAAGUCCUCCUGGACACGGAGUGGGAACAGCCACAAAACCCCACAGACAGAGACUGGUGACAGCCAGAGCUCCCCACAGACACAGAUUGGGAACAGCCCAAAGUUCUCUUGGACACGGAGUGGGAACAGCCCAAAGUCCCCACGGACACAGAUUGGGAACAGCCCAAAGUCCCCCCAAACAGAGAGUGAGAACAGCCUGAAACCCCCAAGGACACAGAUUGGGAACGGCCCAAAAUCCCCCCAGACACAGAAUGAGAACAGCUCAAAGUCCCCACAGACACAGACUGGGAACAGCCCAAAAUCCUCCCAAACAGAGAGUGAGAACAGCCCAAAGUCCCCACAGACACAGCUUGGGAACAGCCCAAAGUUCCCACAGGAACACCCUGGGGACAGCCAGACACUGCCUCAGACACAGACUGGGGACAGUCACAACCCCCUCCAGACAGAUGUCCCCAACAAUCAGAAGCCCCCACAGACUCCAGAAGAGAUGGAGCAGCAGGAAGAGGCUUCGGGAGAGAAUCCCAUGGCCAUGGAAGCUGGCCCAGAACUCCCCAUCCUGAUGAUGAAUGUUAUGUCGCUGGGGGAACAUCAGCCAGAGGAGGACCCAGAGAUGGAGGAGGACCCGGCAGAGCCUGACACUGAGGAAGCCUCAUCCAUGGAAGAUGAAACACCGUGCGAAGAGGCAUCUCCCGAGGACAUCAGGGUGAAGGAGGAGGAGCCUGAGCUGCUGGCAGACGAAUCCACACUGUCUCCCGGCUCAGAGAUCCACAAAUGUCCCAAAAACGAGCUGGUGAAAGCCAAGAUCAAGAAGAAACCGAACCGGUGCGAGGCCAGCAACCUCCUGAUGGGCAACUGCCGGCGCGGGUACGUGCGGGAAUGGUCCCAUCCCUGCACGGAGUGCGGGAAGCGCUUCCGCCUCAAGAUCAACCUCAUCAUCCACCAGCGCAGCCACGCCAAGGAGGGGCCCUACGAGUGCCCCGUGUGCGAGAUCGGCUUCAGCAACAAACGGCACCUGGACCUUCACCGCAGCAUCCACGUCAAGGACAGAGCCUUCGGGGCCAAGGUCUGGGGCAACGUGCACCCCGAGCUGCGCAUCCGCCCGCGCAGGGACCCGUGCGGCGGCGCCCACGCCGUGGGAGCCUGGCUGGGCCAGCCCAAGGAGGAGCCGGACAGGGAGGGCCCGGCCGGCUCCGGGAUGGCGCGGCCGCCCGAUUCCAGGCUGAAGUGCCCCUACUGCAAGAAGUUCCUGUCGUGCUCCGUGUCGCUGCGGCGGCACCUCCAGACGCACGCGCGGGACCGGCCCUACUGCUGCAGCUCCUGCAAUAAGUGCUUCACCCGCAGCAAUCACCUCCUGCGCCACAAGAAGAUCCACGAGCGGGCUCUGGCUGCGCUCCAGGGGGAGGCCAACACCCAGCCCCCCGCUGCUAUCGCGGCAUCCCCGCAGCACGGGGCUCCCGAGGAGAGGAGCCUUUCCCAAGGGAACGGGAGCCCUGAGGCUGCAAAAGCGAGCCUGCCCAACGUGCUGCUGUUGGGAGCGACGCCGGGGCUCCCAGGGAAAGGCUCCCCGCUCCCUGACUGCCUCGGGAAAGCCGUGCAGCCCGUGGUCCAGCUGGGACUGAGGGCAGUGGCUUCAGGGAUGACGGAGAAAUGACCCCGGGACAGAUCUGAACUUUGCGUGUCCCUGGAGAGAAGCUGAGAGUUUGUUGGGUUUGUACCUGCUGGGACACCGGGAGUGGGAAUCUGCUGCGUUUUAGGAGCUUCCUGGGCUGUAGAAAGAAUGGGAAGCUUGGAGACCACAACAAAGAGAAAAUUGCAGAAGCCUCCAGUGAUCCAUAAUGCUUCACCAUGCCACUGACUUGUUCCUGUUGGCUGAUGCUUGGAAUUUUCCCAAGCUGACCUUGCUGGGAGAUGACCAGGUGAACCCUGGUCAAACAGGAGCAGAGCUUUCACAUUCCUUGAUGUUGGACCUGACCCUUUGUGAAGCUGAAGAGGGCAGGUAGAAGGGAAUGGAGCUGGCAGCAUUCCUGAGCAGCCCUUUGUUCCAUGGACCAAAUGUCCUGACUGAGGAUGGACUGGCCAGAUGGAGAGUGACAUCUGAGACCCCACCGUGUCCUGGCCACCCUUGCCACCCACCACCCUGGGGAGGAGAUCAGCCAACGUCCCCUCCAGCAGGCUGGGAACACUGGAGCUUUGCACUGGAAGAUCCAUAGGACAAACCAAACCCUGGCAUAUUCCAGGGAUCCCGGCAGGUCCAUCAGGGAGGCCACAGGCACCCUCAGGACCAUCCUGCUUGUGAUUUUAGGCAUCCCUGAGGAGUCAGCCAGCCCCACGCUGCAGCAGCACCUCUGAUCCUCGUGGAUCCACCUGCACAGAGCAGCCCCUCGGCUCUGGAGGAAACUCCCACUCUCCCAACCGCAGCUCGUCACCUUUUGCCCAAAAUCCCAACGAAUCCUACAGGAAAACAGUUCUGCAGCUACCUCAGUCAGGGAGAGGGGGACCUGCCUGGAGGCAGCCAGUGGAAGCCAGGCCAGGAGCUGUUCCGGUGUCCCCGGUGCCACCAGAGCAGUGGCCAUGGCCAGAGCCCCACAUGUGUCCCACCCAGAGACAUCACCACACCUGGAGCAGCUGCUGGGACUCUUGCAUUUAGUUUUCCAUUUUUUUUUUGUUUUCUUUGAGUUGUUUGAUGUAAUUAUUUGAUAUCCUGAGGUCUCUGUCCCUCUCUGAGCAGUGAGCACUGGUAGGCUUUUCCCAUCUUUUAUUCCGAGGUGUGGUGGUGCUGCCGUGGGGAGCUUUGGGAGCUGAGGGAACACCUGUGCCACAUCCAGCUGUGAUCCUCAGCCACUUCAUGGGACAGACAGCAGCACCUGAGCUCCUCCAUGGGAAUACACCACACCCCCCUGCUCCUCUGGGCUGGUGUCUCACAAUUCCUGCCCCUGGGAUUGCAGUGUGCAGCAUUCCCAAACUGCAGCAGGAGCCAGGAGAGGUGGUUGAUGCCUUGUGGACAUGUGGCCAUGGCUCUGGCAGUGAGCCAGUGGCUGGUUAUCACUGCCCAGGCAGAGCUCCCAGCACUCCCCAGCUGAUCCCAGGGGCAUGGCUGAGCUGCUGUGCCAAUGGGUGAACCCCCCAGGCCAGCAGAAGGGCCAGCAGCCCCAACCUGGCAUUUCUGAAUCUGCUGUGACCGGGAGCAGCGUUUGCUACGACAUUCCUGAUCCCUUUCUCAGGCUGUGGAAUCAAUAAAGUAUUUGUUUCUAUGUCCA